CUGGCGCGGGCCGUCUGAGCCGGAGGAACUACGUUUCCCAGGGUGCCCGGCGGGACGGGGGUGCUGCCCACCCAGGUGGGGGUAGUGGGCGGCCGCGGGCUGCGGGGGAGCGGAUACGAGCCGCAGCAGGAAGCGUGGGGGCUGCGGGGCCGCUGAGUGGCAGGAGGAGCCGCCGAGACCCGUCACCCAGGAGCAGGAUGUAUACACUGCUGUCUGGACUUUAUAAGUACAUGUUCCGUAGGGAUGAGUACUGCAUUUUGAUCCUUGGGCUGGACAAUGCGGGGAAAACGACCUUCCUUGAGCAGACUAAAACCAGAUUUAACAGGACCUACAAGGGGAUGAGCUUAUCCAAAAUCACUACCACUGUGGGCUUAAACAUUGGUACUAUUGAUGUGGGCAAAGCCCGGCUAAUGUUCUGGGAUCUUGGAGGGCAGGACGAGCUGCAGUCCCUCUGGGACAAGUACUAUGCUGAAUCCCAUGGGGUCAUCUAUGUUAUCGAUUCCACUGAUGAAGAGAGGCUCUCGGAAUCUAAAAGAGCUUUUGAGAAAGUGGUCACCAGUGAAGCUCUGGAAGGGGUUCCCAUACUGGUGUUAGCUAACAAGCAGGAUGUAGAGACCUGUCUGUCGAUCCCUGACAUCAAGACUGCAUUUAGUGACUGCAUUAACAAAAUUGGGAGGAGAGACUGCCUGACACAGGCCUGCUCAGCUCUCACUGGCAAUGGGGUGAACGAGGGAAUCGAGUGGAUGGUGAAAUGCGUGGUGAGGAACAUUCACCGACCCCCGAGGCAGAAGGACAUCACGUAAGAAGUUGCUGGAUAACUGAAGCACAGACAGCUUCUUCCCAUACAGACUGCUCUUUCUACAGAAGAAGGUCCACAGGACUCCUAUUACACCUGAUUCUUUUGUAGUUUGUUUGGAGGCAAACAUUCUUUUUCUAUAUCUAAAAAGAACUGUAAGAGCAAAGGAUUUGGACUAGAAAAUGUGUAUUAAUCCCUUGGCCUGAGAGUGCACAGCCUUCCCAAACACUGCGUGGUAACUCAUGCUGCAGCCAGGCUGUGCAAGUGCAGAGGAUUUAGAGAUUUCUACUUCAUCGCUUUAGGCUGGGGAUGUAUGAUUCUCGAGUUCUUAAUCUAAUAGAUGCGAGAGACCAGUUCAUUGGAUUCUCAUGUUCCAGUCACUUAUGGAGGCUACUUCCAAACCUUAGUUAUAUCACAGGUGGUAGCUGUGUGUGGGUGAAGGACAGAGGGGAAAGGACUCCACCGCCCCAGUAAUCAUUGUAGGUGGUGCUACUGGCCUUAUUUAUGCAGUUGUUAAUGCAAUGGGUAGGGUCAAUGUUGAUUAUAUUUCUAUUUCCACUGUGGCAAAGUUGAGCUGUGACUUUACAGUACCGCAGAGAUGGAAGCCAGCCCCCCGGCAGCUGCAUGAUGGCAUGUAAGCUCACAAUGGGCUAUUUUAACUGGAAAAUGACCUUCAGAAGUGUCGCCUCGUGUUGAUUGUCAAUAGCACUAUUGUGCUAUCUGUCUACCUGAGGGAAUACCUGGUGUCUGUACUGUAAAUAGGAGGGAUUGAGGCCCUCUGUAUGUGUGUUCCAGGAUGAAAGCUGUGCCUGUAAGCUGGGUGGGAUAAGUAUACAAUAAAGCUUCAUGCUUCUCUGCCUGUUUCCCUUGCUGAUAUGGUUGUUUAAUAGGCUCCCACACUAAAGUAUUAGUGGCACUCGCCCUUUGCAGCAGGCUUCUGGUCACUGGAAAUGAAAUAGAAAGAAUGCAGAAAUGCCACUCUCCCUGCCAAACCACAUUUACCCCAAGCCUGUUGGUACCUGCUAAUCUGAUCAGAAACUAUUAAUGAGCCGUUACCUGCACAGGUGCUCCCUCUUUUGAAACAAGACACUUGAGUGAAAUUGAAGAGCGGUUGGCAGGGGUGGCUGGAUGUUGGAGCUAUGCUAAUGUCCAAACACAGCUGGACAUGAAUGAGUGAUAACUUGCACAAGACGAUAAAGUGGUAUUUGUUUAAACCUUUGAUGCAUUGCAUUAACGUGCCAGGUUCCUCUGAGGUUUUUCUAUGCAGUUUAAACUCAAAGCUGUGUGAUAAAGGCUACGACUAAUCCACUCGCCUCGAGGACCAGGGUCUGAACCAGCUAUGAGCACUCUGUAAGAACUUGAGUACACAGUGAAGUCAGUGGAAGUUGUACGUGCUCACUGGAGAGUAGGCUCUGACCCAGGCCAGCAGUGAUGGGAAAGGGAGUUUAGGAUUUUGGCAGAUAGUCCUUUUGGAGAGGAUGCGACUAGAGGUUGUUUUUUCAGUCAGGCUGAACCCCAUCUAAUCAAAUGAACCAGAUCUGACAGAUGUGAGUCCUGUCCCUUAAUGCACGACCGGAACCUACUCAGGGAGUGCAAGAAAAUGGGGAAUGUACAAAGAAGCCUGACAACAAGCUGCAUAAAGGAAAAUUCCACUGAUGCGCAGGCCUUCUCACAGAGCCCAGGACUGUGUGUUACUGGAUGCGUGUAAAUGAACCUAUUGCAGAGGACGUUGAGACCCAUAUUGCUCACACUUAACCCAGGGUAGGUGCAGAGUAUAUCCACUGCAGACAGUCGGAUUAUUCUGAGUUUACCCCACUCAAUGAGAGCAGAAUUUGGCUUUUGAAGUGACCCCAGUUUGGAGAAGGGGAAAAGCCGGCGUGUCCUGAUGAGAUACAGGAACAGUUUCAGGAGGCUGCAUCGCUCUUCCCAGCCCCUAAGGUGACCAGCUGUCCCAAUUUUAUAGGGACAGUCCCAAUUUUUGGGUCUUUUUCUUAUAUAGACUGUUACCCCCCCACCCCCGUCCCGAUUUUUCACACUUGCUGUCUGGUCAUCCUACCAGCAUCAGUGUGGGAUUUCUUCGCUCUUGCACCAAUAACUGAUGUUACCUUCCCCUGCUUUGUAAAUGACGAGCUAACAGGUGUGAAGUGGCCUUGCUAAGGAGGAGCACAGCAGUUACAGAUUUCUUCUUCCUUUAAAACAAAACAGCCUCCUUCGAGGUGUUCUCAGCUGCCCGCACUCUCCAGUUCUGUGCUGAGGAAAGGGUGACGUGAAAGAGACUGUUCUCAGACAGCAGUCCAUACAUCCCUCUUCCUUCAGGAAAUUCCAGCUGACCCCUGCAGCACCUACCAACACUACACAAGAUGUCAGCAGGGGAAAAAUAAAAUUAUUUAAUUGAA